AUGUCCUCGCUGGCUUUGACACGUCUACAGCAGGAGCGGAAGAACUGGCGCAAAGAUCGACCAUUUGGUUUCUCGGCGAAACCUGUCGUCACGGAGAACGGCCAACUGAACCUGCUCCACUGGUCGUGCACGAUCCCGGGGCCUGCUGGGACGCCUUACGAAGGCGGACUCUUCCGACUCGAUAUGUUCUUUCCACCGGAAUAUCCAGGAAAGCCGCCCUUGUGCAAGUUCAUUCCACCGCUUUUCCACCCGAACGUGUUCCCCUCUGGUACAGUUUGUUUGUCGAUCCUGAACGAGCAAAAGGGCUGGAGACCUUCGAUUUCCGUGAAAGCGAUUCUGCUGGGGAUUUACGAGUUGCUCAAGGAGCCGAACCCUGCAGACCCCGCCGCUGAGGAGCCGUACAAGUUAUUCGUGCGUAACAGAGCGGGUUUUGAUGCCCGAGUCCGUCAAGAGGUGGCUCGCUUGAACGUUCUCGCGGACGCCCAAGUAUGCAUAGCAGAGAAGCCCGCUGCCCCGUAA